AUGCUUGCAAUUAUUUUUACAAUAAUUUUGAUCAUUCUAGCAUAUGUCAUUUUUUAUCGAAGAAAAAAUCAUACGAUUCACCAGAAACCGCAGCAAUUUUUCAAAGAUUAUUCGAUAGGCUUUUAUAAAGAUCAUUUAUCAAAGAUAUCGCCUCAGAAGAGAUCAGAAUUCAACUUACUUAUAGAUAAUUUUAUUACUCCUUAUUCAAAAAUUAAUUAUGAAUUAAAACACCUUGAUACUUCAACAAUAAUUUUAGUCACAGAAGAACAGCAAUUUCAUGAAGCAUUAAACAUAUUAAAAAACUAUGAAGUUUUAGGCUUAGAUGUAGAAGAGCAUAGAUUAAGAUCUUAUUUAGGGUUUAUUUGCUUAAUACAAAUAUCUACUCCUGAAUUCACUUAUUUAUUUGAUGCAAUAAAGCUUGCUCCCCCUUUAAAUUGAAACAGCAAAUCCUGUUCCAAAUUUAAAGGUUUUUAUUUUUAAACAUUUUUUAUAAAAUUAAAAAAAAAAUAAAUUGAAUGCAAAUAUUUUGGUUUUUAAUUUAUUUUUAGAAUAAUUAAUUUAAAAAAUUAAAACCAUUCGGUGUGAAAGCCGUUUAAAAUAAUAUUCUAGUUGCACGUUUUCCAGUAAUUAGGUCAAAAUUAACUUUAUAAAAAUUAGAAUUUUCACCAAAAAAAUUUCUAAUUAAAGAGGGUUAAAGUACCCAAAAAUGGAAAUUUACCUAUAUUUGGUCCAAUUUAAAGGGUGGGAAGUUCGGAAAUAUAUCCCUGAGCUUUCAGUUGUUUUAGAAAAUCAAAAUAUUUGCAAAGUUUUGCAUGCCUGCAGUAACGACAUACAAUGGCUUCAACGAGACUUUGGGAUUUGUAUUGUAAAUGUAUAUGAUACACAAAUAGCAGCGAGACUAUUAAAUUUCAAAAAUUUAGGCUUAAAUUCCUUAUGGAGCGCUUACUGUAAUUAUCAAAUGACAUCUGAAGAGAAAAUUAAAUUUCAAACUUCUGAUUGAAGGCUGAGACCUUUAAAGAAAGAAAUGAUAGAAUAUGCAGCUAGGGAUUCCCAUUAUAUGAUAUAUUUAAUGUCUAUUACUACAAAUUUAUUAUCAGAGGAGCAGCUGAGGAUAAUAAGGAAAGAAACAAAUGAAAUAUGCAAAAACGAAUAUUUCUUAAAAGAAAUUAAUAGUGAAAUAUGUGAAAAGGCAUUCAAAAAAUAUUGCAAGCAACCUUUAGAUGCACAAACACAAUAUAUUUUAUUUGAACUUUUUAAACUAAGAGAUAGAAUAGCAGCUGAGCUUGAUGAAAGCUGCCACUAUAUGUGUCCUACAGAUAUAUUGGUUAAUAUUGCAGUUGAAAGGCCCAGAAAUUUAAAGCAGUUAAAAAAAUUAAUCAAUGAUAGCGCCAAGAUUCCUAUAAUAAAAAGCUCAGUAAAUGAUAUAUUUGAAAUAAUAGCAAAAGGUUUAGAAAUUCCAUACAAAUUAAUAGGAAAUGAUGAUAUCAAAAAUCAAAGAAAUAAUAAAAAAAUUAACAAUAGAAACAAGCUAUUUGGUAAAACCCCUGAAGGGACAAGAGACCAUGAAAAUUAUGAAAUCCAAGCACCUAAUGGCAGUGUGCUUUGCUACGCUUCUAAAUCUAAAUCAAAUUGAUAUUUAGAAAAAGGGCUUGCAACUCUUAUCGAAAAAGACCCACAAAUAAUCAGACUAAAUUUCGAGCCUAAAGGUAAUGGAUAUUCUGACAUAUCAGUUCAUCCAUCAGCUUAUACAGUAGAAAAAAAGAAAAAAUGCGUAGUGUGUGGGUUUAAAGGAGACUAUUUAAAGUAUCACGUUGUUCCUCUAUUAUAUAGACAAGCUUUUCCAGAUAAUUAUAAGUCUCAUAGAUGUCAUGAUGUUGUAAAAUUAUGCAUCCCUCAUCAUGAACAAGCUAAUAAAUUUAGCGAAAUUUUAAAGCAAAAAAUAUCAGUUGAGUAUAAUGUUCCUUUAUAUGAAACUGGAGAAAUGCAUAAGAUUAAUAGAGACUUAAAAUCAACUCAAAAAGUAUGCAUUCAGCUGCUAAAACAUGGAGAAAAAAUGCCAAAUGAUAAAAAAAAUGAAUUAGAAGCAAAAGUUAUGGACUUUUUAAAUGGAAAUGAAGAGUAUAAGCUUCUUGUUGAAGAAAAACUAAAAUGUGAUAUUAAUGAAAAUAAGAAUGGCCUAAUUGAAUUUUUAGCUCAAGAAAAUAAUACUCAAGAGAUUUUAAAUUUGCAUGGAGAUGUGAACUGAAAAAAGCAAAGUAGCAAUAUGCAUGGGAUUAGAGUUUUAGAAAAGGUGGGAGAUUUGCAGGAAUUUAUUAAUAGAUGGAGAGUAAAUUUUAUUGAAACUAUGAGUCCAAAAUUUCUCCCUAAAGCAUGGAAAGUUGAUGCAGCUAUUAAUUUAGGAAUUAAUUUAUAA